GAUGAAGCACUUCCGGUGGGACGUCCCGGGCGGAAGUCAUGAGUACGCUUCGGGGGACGGCAGAGAGGGAUCGAGAGCCCGGGUACAGAGCUUCUGCAGCGGGACGCCGGAACUCUCGGUUGUGACCUUGGGCUGUUCAGCGCCAUGCAUUCUUUACAACGUGUCCUCCCAGUACAGAGGUCUCUGAGGCGGGGGCCGUUGGCUGCUGUGUCCUGGCUGCUGCUCAGGACCUGCAGGGCACAUAGCAGCCUUCCCAGCAUGGCAAGUCCCAGUCGAGAGAGGCAGGAGAAUGGAGUUCAGAAGGAUUUCAGCUCCAGGCUGGCCACUGGACCAACUUUUCAGCAUUUUUUAAGAAGUGCCUCAGCUCCUCAAGAAAAGCCAUCUUCUCCAGAAGCAGAGGAUCCACCUCCCUAUCUCACAGAGGAAGAACUUCUAGGAGGACAGAGAAAAGUCUACCUUGAGACCUAUGGCUGCCAGAUGAAUGUGAAUGACACAGAGAUAGCCUGGUCCAUCUUGCAGAAGAGUGGCUACCUUCGGACCAGCAACCUCCAAGAGGCGGAUGUGAUUCUUCUUGUUACUUGUUCUAUCAGGGAGAAGGCUGAGCAGACCAUCUGGAACCGUUUACAGCAGCUGAAAACCCUAAAGACAAAGAGGCUCCACUCUCGGAUGCCUUUGAGGAUUGGGAUUCUAGGCUGCAUGGCUGAAAGAAUGAAGGAGGAGAUCCUCAACAGGGAGAAAAUGGUGGAUCUCUUGGCUGGUCCAGACGCCUAUCGGGACCUUCCUCGGUUGCUGGCUGUUGUUGAGACAGGACAACAAGCUGCCAAUGUGCUGCUGUCUCUCGAUGAGACCUAUGCUGAUGUCAUGCCAGUCCAGACAAGCCCCAGUGCCACUUCUGCCUUUGUGUCAAUCAUGAGGGGAUGUGACAACAUGUGCAGCUACUGCAUUGUUCCUUUCACGCGUGGCCGGGAGAGGAGUAGGCCUGUUGCCUCCAUUCUAGAGGAAGUGAGGAAGCUUUCUGACCAGGGGCUAAAAGAGGUGACACUUCUUGGUCAGAAUGUUAAUAGUUUUCGGGACAAUUCAGAGGUUCAAUUCAACAGUGCAGUAUCUACUAACCUCAGUCGUGGUUUCACCACCAACUAUAAAACCAAACAAGGAGGGCUUCGUUUUUCUCACCUUCUAGAUCAGGUUUCCCGAGUUGAUCCUGAAAUGAGGAUCCGGUUCACCUCUCCCCAUCCCAAGGAUUUUCCUGAUGAGGUUCUGCAGCUGAUUCAAGAGAGAGACAACAUCUGUAAGCAGAUCCACCUGCCAGCCCAGAGUGGAAGCAGCCGUGUAUUGGAGGCCAUGCGGAGAGGGUAUUCAAGAGAAGCGUAUGUGGAGUUAGUUCACCAUAUCAGAGAGUCUAUUCCAGGGGUGUGCCUCAGCAGUGACUUCAUUGCUGGCUUUUGUGGAGAAACAGAGGAAGAUCACCUGCAGACACUGUCUUUGCUUCGGGAAGUUCAGUACAACACAGGUUUCCUCUUUGCCUACAGCAUGAGACAGAAGACACGGGCAUAUCACAGGCUGAAGGACGAUGUUCCAGAAGAAGUAAAAUUAAGGCGUUUGGAGGAGCUUAUCACUGUCUUCCGGGAAGAAGCUUCAAAAGCCAACAAGACCUCUGUGGGUUGUACCCAGCUGGUUCUGGUAGAGGGGCUCAGUAAACGCUCUGUCACUGACUUAUGUGGCCGGAAUGAUGGAAACCUUAAAGUGAUCUUCCCUGAUGCAGAGAUGGAGGAUUACAUUAACCCUGGGCCCAAGGUCAGAGCCCAGCCUGGGGAUUAUGUGCUGGUAAAGAUCACCUCUGCCAGCUCUCAGACGCUCAAGGGACAUGUCCUGUGCAGGACCACACUGAAGGACUCCUUGGCAUAUUGCUGAUGAAGUGGACAGUGCUUCUCUACAGGAAAGAGACAUGGCUGGCCACUAGUGAAAGAGAUGAUGACACUUUGGAGACAAAUUGCAAGUGGCGAAGCAACUUCAUGUUAAGUAGAAAAAAUGUAUCUUACAAUCAUUAAAUUUACCUAAACUUAA